AUGGAGGACCCUGAGAAGAAGAGCGACGACAAACCCCGGAAAGUACGAUUUAAAAUCUCCUCCUCCUACAGCGGUCGAGUGUUGAAGCAGGUCUUUGAGGACGGGCAGGAAUUAGAGUCACCAAAGGAGGAAUAUCCUCACAGUUUUCUCCAGGAGUCCCUUGAACCCAUGGAUGGUGUGUACGGGUCUGGGGAAGCCCCCAAGCCCCAGAUAUACUCCCCUAAGCUGACUGCUCAGAGGAUCAGUGUGUUUAGAGAGGGCAGCGCCUACACUUUGGCGAGCAGCCAGCCUCUGUUCAACGAUUACAAGGCGAAUGACCAUAAGCCCCCACCUAUUAUCGAUUUUGGAAAAAUAAUCAUCUACACAAACAACCUGAAAAUCAUCCGAACCCCCAUGGACAGGAGAGACUUCAUGAGAAAGAUGCUGCAGAAGGAGGAGGAGGCUGAAGAGGAGUCCCUGAUGGGGAAAGAGGAGAGCUACGGAGACAGGGAGCAGAACCAUGGGCCUCUGCCGGAGAUGGAGAGCACGUGCCGUAACCAAUAUGCACAGGAAGGGGAGCUGCCUGAGGACAACUGUCUUCACUGCCGAGGGUCGGGCAGUGCCACCUGCUCUCUGUGCCACGGCAGCAAGUUCUCAAUGCUGGCCAACAGAUUCAAGGAGUCCUACCGGGCGCUGAGGUGCCCCGCCUGCAAUGAGAAUGGCCUACAGCCUUGCCAGAUUUGCAAUCAAUAG